UGCCAGUGAGCUGGAGCUUUUCACUGCAGUACUAGAACCGGUUAUAUCGUGACAUGAAGGGCGCGGAGUGUAACGGAUCCUCUCCUACAGCUGACAUGCACCGGCCCCCUCCCCCCGGGGGCUGCUGCCGGUUGCUGCGGAACAACCUGCUGGUCAUCCUGACGGUGGUGGGGGUGCUGCUCGGGGUCGGUCUGGGCUUUGCCGUGCGGCCCCUGGAGCUGAACACGGCGCAACAGUUGUCCUUCUCCUUCCCCGGGGAGCUGCUGCUGCGUCUGCUGAAGAUGAUCAUCCUCCCCCUGGUGGUGUGCAGCCUGGUGUCCGGGGCCGCCUCUCUGCACCCGGCUGCUCUGGGCAAGCUCGGCGGCUGGGCCAUGCUCUUCUUCCUGGUCACCACCCUGCUGGCCUCAGGCUUAGGGGUCAUCCUGGCACUGGUCAUCCGCCCGGGGGUGGGCGCACAGGGCAGUGAGGACCUCACUGGGGAGGGGAUCCCCGAGAGCAAGGAGGUGGUGGACUCGUUCCUGGACCUUUUUAGAAACAUUUUCCCAUCCAACCUGGUAUCUGCAGCUUUUCAGUCGUAUGCCACAAGUUACAAAUGGAUAAGCUUAAAAAGAAAUGCAUCCAACCAACUGCUAGAUGUUAAUUCAACCAUGGGAGAGCUCAACUCGACUUUUGAGAAGAUCCCCAUUGGUAAGGAGGUGGAAGGGAUGAACAUUCUGGGUCUGGUUGUCUUCGCUAUUGUCUUUGGCGUUGCUCUCCGCAAGUUGGGUGCAGAAGGAGAGAUUCUUAUUCGCUUCUUUAACUCUUUCAACGAGGCCACAAUGGUCUUGGUAUCCUGGAUCAUGUGGUAUGCUCCGUUGGGUAUUAUGUUUCUUGUGGCCGGCAAGAUUGUGGAAAUGAAAGAUGCAUCUACCUUGUUUAGCAGUUUAGGAAAGUACAUCUGCUGCUGCCUGGUUGGGCAUGCUAUCCAUGGAUUACUGGUCUUACCACUCAUAUACUUAGUGUUUGCCCGCAAGAAUCCCUACCGCUUCCUCUGGGGUAUAGUCAGUGCCCUAGCCACAGCUUUUGGGACAUCUUCUAGCUCUGCCACACUGCCUCUAAUGAUGAAAUGCGUAGAGGAGAAGAAUGGAGUGUCCAAGCAGAUCAGCAGAUUCAUUCUUCCAAUCGGAGCCACAGUUAACAUGGAUGGAGCUGCCCUGUUCCAGUGUGUGGCUGCUGUCUUCAUCGCACAACUGAACAAUGUUACCUUGGACUUUGUUCAGAUCGUUACUAUCCUUGUAACAGCUACAGCAUCGAGUGUGGGGGCUGCAGGAAUCCCAGCUGGUGGUGUCCUUACUCUGGCUAUAAUCCUAGAAGCUGUGGGACUCCCCACUAAUGACAUCUCCCUGAUCUUGGCUGUAGACUGGUUGGUAGAUCGCACAUGUACGAUACUUAAUGUUGAAGGUGAUGCAUUUGGUGCUGGACUGCUACAGGUGUACAGUGACCGCACGUCACCAAGUGGGGAGCCUACUGAACUGACGGACGUACAAGUGCAGCAGCCGCCUGAGGGGGAUCCUCUGCUUCUGAAAUACGUGCACGUUGAUGGUGCAGAGACUAAAGACAAGGAGUCUGUCAUGUAAUGCUGACACUUGGAACUUAUAUUUGGGGUGGGGAAUGAACAUUGCUCAGGACCUUGGACAAUGGCAUUUUAGACUGCUGCUGACAAGGCAAGAAUGUCCUCACCAUCUGCUCAGGCACUAGCUCUUGUCCAGGGCAAAGGGCUUUUAUUUUUUUAUAAUUUAAUAUUUUUUACUUGAACUAUAACUUAAUUCCCCCUCUCAACCCAGGACUGUAAGAUACAACACCCCUUCAUGGUGUAAUCAGGGGCUGUCUCCUAUUUAUCUUGUCCAAUUAGUUAUUUUGUAGAUUUAUUUUUUUUUGUCCCCAGAUGAUACAGUUCAUUGUUACAAGUGUGUGUGCCAUGUGUGUCUGGUUGUGGUUUCCGAAACGGUGUGCAUUUUUGUGAAAAAUGAGAUGUGUAACUAGUGGACCAAAUCUCAAUGAUGCUGUUUGUGUAAACUGUUACGUGUGUGCAUAUGUACUAUUACUUGAUUGUGAUCAUGUACAGAUAUUAUUACAGGUGUAAGUAUAAUACACACACAGUGCUUAUCAAAAAUAUACUUUCCUUAGUUAAAGAAGCACUAAACCCAAACUAUUUAUUUCAUGAUUCAGGAAGAAAAUACAAUUUUUACACAAGAUGUUAUGUGGAUAGAACAUGUUAUGAAACUUUAAUGGUCAAUUGGUUGAGCUGUUACGAGUUACAGCACUUGUUGUUUUUUUUAUCCCAAGUGCACAUAGCGCUGAACUGUACUACAUAAUGCUGCUUAUGUACAUAAAUGGGAGUUUAGAGACUUGUAAGGAUGAGAAUGACUGGACAUUAAUUAAAAAACAAAAGUCAAUGUAUGCGUUUUGUGUCAAUACUGGUAGGGGGAGGAAGCUGUGUCUACACUCAUCAGGUUUUAUAUUUGUAUGACUUUGCAAGAGGCUUUACACAAGCACUACAUUUAAAUAAUAAAAAACUGCUCUUGGUCACAA